GCGGCUAUAGGAGGCAAUGGACAAUCCGGGCGGCGAAACGAGCAAGAAUGUCCAAGGAUCUCCAGCAAAUUGACAAGAGAACAACCCCAGUAAGGAAAAUGGGUAAGCAUAUGAAGAGGUGAUUGUCAGUAGAGUAAACCAGAGGCUGACCAACAUGUGAAGAGAUGCUCAAGCUCAGCAACCAUCAGAGAAAUGCAGUCUGUCAAACUAUACAUCUAUCAGACUGGUGAAGGAUCAGAAAGCUGGAAAAAGACAAGCAUUUGGAUCAAGGUCAACCUCUUUAACUGGCAUUGGAGCCUCACACAACACACACGCAGCCGCCCCUAGAUUGGCUCCAAAUAACCUUUCCAGCUUUGUCUAGUGCCGCUCCCCUGCAGAGAAGUCCAACUAGAGGCCACUUCUGCCACUCUUUUCUGUCUGGAAUGCCUGACACAGGCUCUGUAACCCAGAAAUCUGUGGCAAACAAAGGGGCUAAGACCCUCAGAAAAGAUGGGACACAGGAAGGGGAAGUGAAGGCUGACAGAGGAUCACACACAGCGGUUAGGCCGAUCAGAGAUGGCAUACACCAGCCCAGAAUGCAAAACCACAGGGCCAGACAAUUUAAGCACAAGUGGGGACACAACGGGAAAGAGCGGAAUGAAAUCCUCAAGAAAAAAAAAAAAAGGAUAGAGAUAUGGUCAGAGGGAAACUAUACAGGGAAAGAGAUGCAAACUGAUGGAAUGGAACUUUGCAGGGAGACAAAGGAGAACCAGCAGCGAGCGCACAACCAGAGCAGCAGGAAAAUGAGGAGUGGGGCACAAAGACGGGCGUCUUGGGGAAAAAGUUACAAUCUUAGAGGAUAAAACAGAAAAUGAGCGAGGGAGGGACGCUCUGAGAAAAGGGGGCAAACAGAGAGGAUGGGGAGGGUAACUGCGACAUGCAUCUACUAGAAAUACACAGAGAAGGCGGUGAUUAGAGUGGAGCCUGGAGAAUCGGGUGAAAUCCAGAAGGAUGCACACAGAGUGUGGAAAGUGUUGAAAAGACAGAAACACUAGGGAAGCAAGGGGAAGAAAGGAGGAAAGGGGCCAGGCUAUAAAGGAAUGACACACGUGGCAAAAGCGGGUCCAAAAAUGGGCAGAAGGGACUGGCAGAGACUCUGAGAGAACAAGAAAGGACGUUGGGAAAAUCAGCCCUGACACAGACAAGAGAUACGGAAAGGGGAACAACCUGAGAAGUUGGGACCCUGGCAGGAACCAGGGAAAUCACAUAAAAGGGUAGAUCCGGGUUAGGGCACCAGGAGAGAAGGGAGAGAAAACAUGGGUGUCCCACAGCAAAGACAAGCCACAGAGCUAAGUAGAGGCCAGGAGUGCAGGAGGCACCUCUGCACUUGGCAGGCCCGAUGGAGACUGCACACGCGCACACAAGUCCCCGCCUAUGCCUGGGGGCGGGGUGGGCAGUCGUUCCUGGGAGGCAACGCCACCUUCUUCCGGGAAGCAGUACUCGACGUCCCAUUGGCCACCUCCCACAAAAAGGGAAGAACUCUCUGGGAAAGAAGCCACAGGGAGAGGGGAAGGAGGCGCGAGAUUCAACUCGACGCGCUAUUGGCUGGCCUGAUAGUCCAACGCAAGGCGAAGCAGGCUGGAGAUCCAUGGAAACGGAUGAAAUGCCUGCUGUCCACCACUGCCCCUCAGACUCUGCCACAGGGGAUGAGGCCAGAGCCCCCCAGGGCACUGUGCUCAUCCCCAGGAGAGCCAUCAGUCGCUCUCCAACAUGUGCCCGCUGCCGCAACCACGGUGUCACUGCCCACCUCAAGGGCCACAAGCGCCUCUGCCUCUUCCAGGCUUGCAAGUGCCACAAAUGUGUCCUCAUCUUAGAGCGCCGGAGGGUCAUGGCUGCCCAGGUGGCCUUGCGUAGGCAGCAGGAGGCGCAGGUAAAGAGGCACCUGGUUCAAGGACUGGUGCAGAGAGGGGCAGCCCCUCCUAAAGCUCCCAGCUGUGUCAAGAAGGGAGCCACUCAACCAGGAGUCCCAUCUGGAAAGGAGAACGCAGCGCCCCAGCCUCAGAUUCCCCAUGGGGCAGCCCCACCGGCACUGACGCCACCUGGGAAGGAGAACUCCCGGGGGCCGCUGCUACUCAGCCGUCCCCUGGAAGCCUUGCCUUUGUCCUGGACUCCCGUGCCUCCAGGCCCUCGGGCCCCUCCAGGCCUUUCCAUGCCGCCCCCACUGGUAUGCCGCUUGCUAUGCCAAGAAACUGCUAUCCCUCUGCAUCAUCCCUUCCUUGGCGUCAACACUGGUACCUCUCUCCGACUGCCUACUCAUGGUCCCCUCCCAACCUGCCCAGGAUUUCAUCAGAUACUGAUGGCUCCUCUUUCUGGAGAAUCACAAGGGCCCCCUGCCCUGCCCCAAAUAUGCUCAACCCUGAUACUCCAACCCCGUGGCACCCCAGACUCUCUUCUGCUGCAGCCGCAGGUCUCCAGAGCCUCUCACCUGGCUGGGACCUCUGAGCUCUCAGAACGGCAGCUGCAGCAGGAGGCAGCUGAGGCUCUUAUGGGGCUGAAAGAUUCAUCCCAGGCUCCUCUCCUGACCCCUUCUGUGCUCCCCAACCCUGCCUGGAUCUCCCCGCACCACCCUUGUGACUCACCAGGUCCUGCUGAAGGAAGAGGAUCCCAGUCUGUGGGCCCCUCUCUCUGACCCAGACCUGCUCCCUCCGUGGCUCUGAAUAUUGGGCAUCUGGGGUCCAUCUCCCUCCUAAGCUAGAAGCCCAGAGGUUGAGACCUCACUGGGGUCGGGGGUAACAGCCUACAGGCACUACAUAUUUGGUAUUUUACUUCUGGAUUUAUGCAUGGAAUUUAAUGUAGUACAAACUUCAAGCUUUUUUUUUUUUUAAGCUUUCAGAUACUUUGUUAGCUUUGGUUGCUUUUGUAACAUGGGCAUUUCUUUGGCCAAAGGUGGAUAUUCUCUUACCCACUCUGGGUCCUUGGGUCUUUCAAAUCCCCAACAAAGAGAGAGAUGUACAGUUUAAGCUAGCCAGUGUCGAAAUGCGUUUUUGCAUGAGUUCAUGUUCCAGAGUAUUUAUUUGUCAUGUGAUUCUGUCCAUACUCAUGCACUCGUGUCUGUCUCCAUUCCUGUGAACUAGGUUUGUGUGAGUAAGCAAGAAAUAAACCUUUGUUGUUUUAAGCCACUGAGAUUUGGG